CCAAUCUCUAUUUACAAAAUUCCAUACCUAGGGUUUCUAGUUGAUCUAUAUUAACAGUACUACUACAUUUUUGGGCGCCUCCCAUCAACACCUCCCGAGCCAAGGUAGUAUUGACGAGUUCCUGAAUCGGGAGUGAAAAUGGAUAAGACGAAGGGAAGAAAGGAGGAGGUUGUGACUAGGGAGUACACCGUCAACCUUCACAAGCGCUUGCAUGGCUGCACCUUCAAGAAGAAGGCUCCAAAUGCCAUAAAGGAGAUCAGGAAGUUCGCACAGAAAGCCAUGGGAACCAAGGACGUGAGAGUGGAUGUGAAGCUAAACAAGUACAUCUGGAGCAGGGGGAUCCGAAGUGUUCCUAGGCGAGUCAGAGUUCGUAUUGCUCGCAAGAGGAAUGAUGAUGAAGAUGCAAAGGAAGAGCUUUACUCUCUUGUUACUGUUGCUGAGAUUCCACCAGAAGGGCUGAAGGGGCUAGGCACCAAGAUCAUUGAAGAAGAUGAUUGAUUUGUUGAUUCCUGCCUGCCAUAUGCAGAAUUAUACAUGGGAAUUUUGUAGCAAGUGUCUAGUUGUUUUAAGAUUGAUUAGAUUCUCAGAUGUUCAUUGCUAAUUUGGUACUACUAUGUUUUGGUUACUUUGUUUCGGUUUAUGUCUUGAUUUGGAUGAGUUUCUUCCGAAAGAUGUUUUGUUCACAA